AUGAUCAUGAAGGAUUGGAUGACAUUAAAAAGUGACCAAGAGAGAAGCAUAAUGAUCCAAAGAGCGCAGAAUGCUCGUAUAAUUUCUAUUUGUUCUUAUUGUAUAAUGGCAUUAGCGUGGUUCUUCAUCACAAUAUUGCCAAUUUUUGGAAUGUCAAUAAGACUAACUUCUAAUAUUACUGAUCCAGGAAAACUAUUGCCAGUACAAACUCAUUACAUUUAUGAUAUAACAAAAAGGCCGCAUUAUGAACUGACAUUUAUUAGUCAAGUCAUAUAUGCAGCAAUUGCCAUGAUAGCCUAUUCUGGAAUAGAUAAUUUUUUAAGUCUUUUAAUUUUUCACGUAUGCGGUCAAUUAGACAUUCUAAAAAAUCGUUUAAUACGUUUAAAUAAAUACAUGAAUUAUCAUAAAAUGCUAAAAUGUUGCAUAGCAAAUCAUAACCGUUUGCUUAGAACUAUUGAUGUUAUUGAAGAUACAUAUAAUAUAAUACUUCUCUCCUUAUUUAUAUAUCAUGCAAUUCUCUUCGCAUUCUUUGGAUUUCGGAUGAUCAGUCUAUUUGAUAAAGGAAAUGAUAUGUCGAUCACUCAUUUAAUAUAUUUCUUCUCUGUCGUUAUAAAUUUAUUUACACAUAUGUGCCUAUAUUGCGCUCUUGGUGAAAUUUUAAUAGCUCAGUGCAAUAAAAUAUAUUAUGCAGCAUAUAACAACAAAUGGUACACUCUAAAUUCAGAAACUAUAGAAGAUUUGUUACUCUUAAUGACAAGAGGUUCUAAAUCGAUCUAUCUCACCGCUGGAAAACUGUCUCCUGUUACAAUGACUACAUUUUGCAGUUUUAUGAGAACAUCCAUUGGAUAUAUAUCCGUCUUGCACACAAUAAAAAGUUGA